AUGAAUCAUCCCAUUAAAAUCUCACUAGAGGAGCUUUAUAACGAUGGAAUUGGAUUGGCGUCUGCCGCCGUCGAAGCGGACACUUCUGGAGACUUGUCAACCGCACAAGCCUACUAUUACGAAGCGGCUCAAACAAUGCUGAGAAUCAUUCAAGUGGAGACCAAUUCAAACAAGAAGACCUCCGUGAAAAACAAGGCUUUAUCAUACGUAGAACGUGCCGAACAGCUGAAACGACAGCUUGGAUCAAAGAAACUCGGAGGUGGAGAGUUAUCGCUUGUCGAAAACAAGAUCCAACAGGCUCAAUUCUCGUUGAAACAAGCUCAAUGGCACGAUGCUCGCAAGAAUUGGACUGAGGCAGUGUUUCUCUACGACGCGGCUGCUGAAGGGCUCUUAUCCAUCUUCAAAGACCUGACGGUGCCAUCACUCAAGACACAAUUUCGUGGCCAAGUGUCUGAGAUCUUGGAGAGGAUUGGAGAGAUUAAGGAAAUCAUGAAGAUGUCCUCUGCCUCAACCUUGGAACCAGUGAGCACCACAUCAACAACCAACCUCCGAAACCCAUCACCAAAUCGCGCUCAAAGCGUUGCCACAUCAAGCAACGCGUCGCUCCAAAACAACGCAUCGUCAUUCUCUUCAGCCUCAUCAGGAACCAAUCGCCCAAAACUAACCAGCCAAGAACUCGAAGUACUCCGCAAAACCUCAUAUGUCAAUAACCGAGCUUACUUGCCGUGGCUAGAAUUGGAUUUGAACGAACGAUUCUAUUAUCCGGACUUGUUUACUGAUCCUGAUGGUGUGCUGAAACUGUCGGCGAGACAAACGUCACGAUUUGGAGGGUGGAAGAGACCUUGUCAGUUUAUGGCUGCUCCAAAGAUGAUUCAUUUGGUGUCUUCGACUAAUAUCGUGCAGGACGUUGUAACUGAUUGCUCCUUUGUGGCCUCUCUCUGUGUCAGUUCUGCGUAUGAAAGAAGAUUCAGAAAGAAUCUGAUUACAUCUUGCAUCUAUCCGCAAGACAAGAAUGGACAGCCGCUGUACAAUCCAAGUGGCAAGUACAUGAUCAAAUUGAUUUACAAUGGCAUCUCAAGAAAGAUUGGUAUGCGGGAACCUCUUGCAUUGAUCGACGAUCUGCUGCCGAUAUCAAAAGAUGGAACGCUGAUGUGUACAUAUUCAACGAACCGCAAUGAGCUGUGGUCGAGUAUCAUUGAGAAAGCGUAUAUGAAACUGAUGGGUGGAUACGAUUUUCCUGGAUCAAACUCUGGCAUUGACUUGUAUGCCCUGACUGGCUGGAUACCAGAGCAUGUGUUUAUCAGAGAGAAGAGCUUCAACGCCGAUACUCAAUGGCAGCGAUUGCUAGACGGGUGUCUUUAUGGUGAUGCAUUAAUCACUAUCGCGACUGGCGAAAUGUCAGAGAGCGAAGCUGAGACAUUGGGUCUCGUACCCACUCACGCUUACGCAUUACUUGAUUUACGAGAAAUUGGUGGCUUGAGGCUGAUGCAGGUGAAGAAUCCGUGGAGCCAUAAACGAUGGAAGGGCCCAUUCUCACAUCUGGAUACCAAGAACUGGACACCUGAACUCAAACGAGAACUGAAUUAUGAUCAGUUGGGUGCUAUGCAAAAUGAUGACGGAAUCUUUUGGAUUGACUUUGAAUCCGUCUGCUCCAAAUUCGACUCGAUUCAUUUGAACUGGAAUCCAGAGCUCUUCAAGUAUCGAUAUGUGCUGCAUGUAUCCUGGCCUGCUGAAGAUGGUCCCAUUCGAGAUAACUAUAAUCUUGGAUUCAAUCCUCAAUAUGGGUUGGAAGUCAAUGUGGAGGACGCAAGACAAGAUGCCGUUUGGUUGCUCUUGUCUAAGCAUAUUACUGUCACUGAGGAGAAUACUGACUACAUCGCUCUCCAUGUAUACGAAAACACGAAUUGUGAACGAGUCUAUUAUCCUGACAAGCCCAUGAUACAGGGUGUAUAUAUUAACAGUCCUCAUAUUUUGAUACGAUUCAAAGCACCUAUUGGCAAAUCAAGAUACACCAUCGUUGUCUCCCAACAUCAAAAACGCAAAACACUGAAUUUUAGCUUACGUGCAUAUGGUCUAUCAACAUUCAAGAUUGGUGAAAUACCUAGAAAGUAUUCUGAAGAGCAACGCAUAUCUACAUCAUGGACUGCUGAAACAGCAGGUGGAUCUCUCGCUCACCCGACAUACCUCAACAACCCAAACUACAAGAUCGUCAUCCCGUCGUCUGAUUCAAAAUCAAAUGGCAAAUGUUCACUGUUUGCUAUGAUUGAAGCGCCACGGACGCAUCCUGCUAAUUUGAAGCUGAUUGGUGGUGGGACACGUGUUACGAGUGUGGCAAAGGACACGGUUGCUACCAGUGGCGACUAUCGACAUGGAUUUUGUUAUUUGGAAGCUAAUGAUUUACCCCCUGGACCUUACACUAUCAUAUGUUCAACAUUCGAUGCUGGUUUAGAAGGAUCGUUCUUCUUGACUGUCCGAUGUACUUGCAAGUUUCAGAUGGGCCGUAUACCACUUGAAGGAGAGGGAAUGCAACGUAAAGUCAUUCAGAGUGAAUGGGUGAAAGGACUCAAUGGAAUGGGAUCAGCACUCCACAAACAGUAUGGUCAGAAUCCUCGUUUCUCGAUUGAUGUACCUGCUCCUACUUAUGUCUUAAUACGCCUCCAAACACCCAUAACAAAACCACCACCGCCAAUCAACGUCACCAUCUUCCAACGUGGCGCCGACACCAAAUCAACAGGUCCUGAAAUCACCACUUCAGGACCAUACACGAACGUCGUUCAGGGCGUUGCGACUGAAAAGGUCUUGUUGCAGCCUGGUGACCAAGGCUAUGUAGCUAUAUUUAGUACAUGGGAUCCAAUGGACGCGCCGUUUGUGGCGUAUGUAUAUUCGUCUGCUCCGAUUAUGUUGCAGGCUGUGGGAUCGUAG